AUGCUCGAAGCACGUGUCAAGCAAGCGUCGGUCCUCAAGAAGCUGCUCGACGCGAUCAAGGAGCUCGUGACCGAUGGUAACCUUGACUGUACCGAUGAGGGCAUCGCCCUUCAAGCCAUGGACAACUCGCACGUCGCCCUCGUCUCGCUCAAACUUGCGGCAGAACAAUUCGAGAGCUACCGGUGCGAUCGCAAUAUGCCACUGGGUGUCAAUCUUACAUCCCUCACCAAGAUCCUCAAAUGCGCUAAGGACAACGAUGUGGUCACUCUCAAGGCCGCGGACGAUGCGGACUCAUUAGGCCUAGUCUUCGAAUCUCCCAAGGAGGACCGAGUAGGAGAGUACGAGAUGAAGCUCAUGGAUAUCGACCAAGAGCACCUCGGUAUCCCCGACACCCAAUACGACGCGACCAUCACCAUGUCCUCUGCCGAAUUCCAGCGUAUCUGCCGUGAUCUCGGUGCGCUCGGCGAGAGCGUCAAGAUCGAGGCGAGCAAGGAGGGCGUGCGGUUCAGCUGUGAAGGAGAAGUAGGAAACGGAAGUGUGCUGCUCAAGCAGUCGGCGGGGCGUGAUGCCGGCGGUGCGAGUGGGAGCGGUGCCAAGAAGCCCAAGCGGGAUCCGGAUGAGGAGAAUGAGGUGGCUGAGGGGCAAGAGGUGGAUGAGGAGCAGGAGGAUGAGAAGCCAAUCGUCGAUGAGGAGGGCGAGGAUGAGCAGGAAGACGAGGAGGAAGAGGUCAAGCCAAAGAAGCGGAAGUCGAACGGCAAGGCAGCUGCAAAGCCCGCCAAAAAGGGCAAGACCGCCGCCGCAGCGGACGACUCGGACGUCGGCGUCUCCAUCAUCCUCGAAAAACAAGUAUCCCUCACAUUCUCCCUCAAAUACCUCUCCAACUUUGCCAAAUCCGCCCCGCUCGCCAAGGAGGUCAGCCUGAACAUGUCGAAUGACGUGCCUCUCUUGGUCCAAUUCGAAUUCGAGCAGGGGUCACUGCAGUUCUUCUUGGCGCCCAAGAUUUCGGACGAAUAG